CCAAUCCCAUUUAAACCCCAGCUCUGCCCUGGCGCACCCCCAUCAUUUCCUCCCUCGUGCGCUCUCUCGAACCUUCCAAAGCGCCCGAACCCUAGCGAGCUCGGAACCCUAGCAGCGCGCGGAUCUCGGCUCGGCCCCUCCCACCCGCGCUAUGGACGAGGACUUCGAGAUGCCCCCGGCCGGCGCCGACGAGAUGAUGGGGGACGACGAGAUGGGCGACUUCGGCGGCGACGAGGGCCCGGUCAUGAAGGUGGGCGAGGAGAAGGAGAUCGGGAAGCAGGGGCUCAAGAAGAAGCUGCUCAAGGAGGGAGAGAGCUGGGAGACGCCCGAGGUCGGCGACGAGGUCGAAGUACAUUACACGGGUACACUCCUUGAUGGAACAAAGUUUGAUUCAAGCCGUGAUCGUGGAGAUCCCUUCAAGUUCAAGCUGGGACAAGGUCAAGUAAUAAAGGGCUGGGACCAAGGCAUCAAGACCAUGAAGAAAGGAGAAAAUGCUAUUUUUACCAUUCCUCCAGAACUGGCUUAUGGAGAAUCUGGAUCGCCUCCAAAGAUUCCACCCAAUGCAACCUUGCAGUUUGAUGUUGAACUGCUUUCAUGGACCAGUGUCAAAGAUAUUUGCAAAGAUGGCGGCAUAUUUAAGAAGAUACUCAAGGAGGGAGAGAAAUGGGAGAACCCAAAGGAUCCUGAUGAAGUACUUGUGAAUUAUGAGGCCCGUCUAGAAGAUGGUAAUGUUGUAUCCAAGUCUGAGGGAGUCGAGUUUACUGUUAAAGAUGGGUACUUCUGUCCUGCACUGGCCAAAGCUGUCAAAACCAUGAAAAGGGCAGAGAAGGUGCUCCUUACAGUAAAGCCACAAUAUGGAUUUGGUGAGAAGGGUAGACCAGCAGCUGGCGAGGAAGGCGCUGUGCCACCAAACGCCACUCUGCUCAUUGACCUUGAAUUGGUUUCAUGGAAGACUGUCACAGAAAUAGGGGAUGAUAAGAAAAUACUUAAGAAAGUUCUCAAGGAGGGAGAAGGCUAUGAGCGUCCCAAUGAGGGGGCAGUUGUUAAAGUCAAAAUUACAGGAAAGCUUCAGGACGGCACAGUGUUUACAAAGAAGGGGCAUGAUGAAGAGCCCUUUGAAUUCAAGACAGAUGAAGAGGAAGUUAUUGCUGGUCUUGACCUUGCUGUACUGAACAUGAAGAAGGGCGAGGUUGCUCUUGUGACAAUUCCUCCUGAAUAUGCAUUCGGUUCAGUUGAGUCAAAGCAGGACCUUGCUGUAGUUCCGCCUAACAGCACAGUGAUCUAUGAAGUCGAGCUUGUUUCAUUUGUGAAGGAUAAGGAGUCAUGGGACUUAAACAAUGAAGAGAAGAUUGAGGCUGCUGGCAAGAAGAAAGAAGAAGGGAAUGCACUGUUCAAGUUGGGCAAAUAUGCUAGAGCUUCGAAGCGUUAUGAGAAGGCUGCAAAGUUCAUUGAGUAUGACAGUUCAUUCAGUGAAGAUGAGAAGAAGCAAUCCAAGCAACUGAAGAUCAGCUGCAACUUGAACAAUGCUGCUUGCAAACUGAAGCUGAAGGACUACAAGCAAGCUGAGAAGCUUUGCACCAAGGUGCUGGAACUAGACAGCCAAAAUGUCAAGGCCCUGUACAGGAGGGUCCAAGCCUACAUGCAACUUGCUGACCUAGAACUAGCAGAGGCCGAUAUCAAGAAGGCGUUGGAAAUUGAUCCUGACAACAGGGAUGUAAAGUUGGAAUACAGGGCCCUGAAGGAGAAGAUCAAGGAGUACAACAAGAAGGAUGCCAAAUUCUACAGCAACAUGUUCGCUAAGAUGACAAAGUAACUGGCUGGAAGACAGUAAACCUUUUGGAUCGGGGGAUGUACUGAAGCAGAGGAUCAACAAAGCCUGCCGUUCCUGCUGCCCAAGGACUUCCCUAGUUUGACAUUUCGCUUUCUGGCCUACUGUUUAAUCUACUAAAGCGCAUGGACGAUUGCAUCUGUUAGAACUUAGAACAGAGAUGAGGAACAUUUACUUCGAGGACCACUAUUGGCUGAUUGGCUCUGAAUCUGUUUCAUGAUUCUUGUUGAGAUCUGAGUGUUCAGUCUUAAAGAAUUUGAUACUCCCUAA